AUGGCCGAGCAGCUUCUGGGGCACGUGAAAAGCAUCGAGGAGUUCUUGCAGCAGACCUCCAGCAUGGCACCGGACAUGCAAGAGAAAGUGGCAGCCAACCAGAUGGAGCAGCUGUUGCACAAGCUGAGUCUCAUCAAUGACCUGACCACCGAGCAGGCGACAACAUUGUCUGCAGCCUUGAAAGGUCCUUGCUGGACAGCCACCCAUCGGAGCACAUGGGUCGAGGCAGUGUCGAACAAGAUCGCCCACAAAGGCCGGAGUAAUGGCAGGAAGCCGACCCAGAGCUUGCUCCACUUCGGUGCCUUCCUGACACCGACCGAUGUUGCAGUCUUGGCAGGACAUGGGAACCUGUGUGUGAAGCUCGAAACCAUGGUGACCCGACGCCUGUCGAUCGGCUUGACAAACCCUUCUGAGCAAACAGUCGGGCAUGUUAUUGCAACAGGCAUGCACCAUGGCAUUGCCUGCACCCCGGAAGAUUCGUUCAAUCUGGUCCAAGAGUUCAAGAGGCUCUUGAAAAACAAGAGGAAAUCGGCUCCGUCUUUCACCGAGCACGUGCAGUCCUACCCCAGCGACCCCAGGCAGCUGCCCACGAAGAUUUUCGACUUCGCCUACAGCUCGGAGGAACCGGUGCAGCAAGAUCAAGCACAACUUCCUGCAUCCAGUGCUAGUGGGCAAGUCGUUCUCCGGAGAAGCAGCAAGGUGGUUCGAGACACUUUGCAGGGUAGGCCUGCACAUGUACCUACCAAUGCUUUCGCACCGGAUGCUGCAAAGACCAUGCUCUCCAUGAUGACAACCCUCAUGAAUAUGCAGUCCGGCAUGCAGCAGGGCACAAGGCAGGGCUCGGGCUUGCAAAACUUGAGGAUCUUCGGCCCGAAUGGGUCGAGCGGUUCGCAGGCAUCCAGAAGCCCAGGUAUGCUGCAACAUGAAGAUGCUUUCCAGUCGCCUCCUCGCACAAGUGCAGGCAUGCCUGCAGCAUCCCCCCAGCAGCAGCAGCAGCUGUCCCCACUGCAGCAGCAGCAGCAGCUGUCCCCCCAUGUGCAGCAGCUCUCCCCCGAGCAGCAGGCACAGCAGCAGCAGCAGCAGCAGCAGCAGCAGCUGCAGCAGCAGCUGCAGCAGCUGCAGCUGGCCUUGCCGAGUGGUCAGCAAAGCCCAUCCCUGUCAAGAACUUCACCUACAUUUCAGACACAUUUGCCCAGCAUGGAUGACAAUGACGUCAUGGGGGAAGUGGAGAAGUCGAGCCAGCUCGUGACCGAGGCUUUGGAGAACAAGAAGAUGGAGAACAAGAAGAAGCCAGAUCAAAUUGCGCCCGAAUGGGUGUGGCAAGUGCCGGUGGAGGGCUUCCGUAAAGCUCGCAAAGCAGGGACUACAAUGGUUGAUCUGGCCAAAUUGGGCCGACGAUCAUAUGUCAGUCUCAAUGGCCUUGCGAAUGUAUUGAAAGAGUUGAAAGCCCUGGAUAGACUGCCUGAUGCAUCUUCUCGCGCAAGCAUCAAACGAGCCCGGGAAGACGACUGCAAGGUUAAUACAGCUCUGGGCCCAACCUUUUCUUCCUUGAGCAUCCACAUCGAGGAGCUGGAUGGCCGGACGGGAACAGCAAGUAUUCGAGAGCACAAGCUUCCUUUCAUAUGCUUGCCAGCUGUGCUUUCUCAUGCCAUUGCGACAUCCGAUGGAUUCCGAGAGUUUUUCUUGGACAGGCUCAGGGCAUGCCCCAAUGGGCCCACAAGCCCAUGGAAGAUGAUUGUGUAUGCAGAUGAAAUCACUCCCGGAAAUGCUUUGAAACCACUCAACAGUAGAAAAAUCCAUGCCUUUUAUGUCAGCUUUGCAGAGAUGGGCGCCGAAUUGUCAUCGGAGAGCAUGUGGUUCACUGUCCUGGCAGCUAGAAGUGAACUCGUCAACAAAAUGGAAGGUGGCUUCUCAGAGCUUUUCAAACUCUUCAUGGAAAAACUGUUUGAAGGGCCUUUCAACUUGAAGACGGGAUGCAUGCUGGAUUUUGGCCAAGGGAAGCAACAUUUGUUCUUUGCAUCGCCUGCCAUCUUCGUGGCGGAUGAAUCAUGCAUCAAGUUUGCAUGGGACCUCAAGGGAGCCUCGGGGUCAGUGUGCUGCUUGUUUUGCAGCAACGUCGUUUCCCAGAACAACAGGCUUGAUGUUCAUGAUGCCACGAAUACCUUGGUCACCAUUGCCGAAACCGACAACUCGAAGUGGCGAGCUCGUGGCGACCAAGUGCUGUGGGCCUCGCAUGAUCGUUUGGAGACCAUUGCUGGUCGUGGCAGCAAGACCGAAUUGCAGAGGCUGCAGCAAGCCAUGGGAAUAAACCACAACUAUAAGGGUUUGUUGGGAUCCCGCUUGCUUGCACCCUCCUCAACAACCAUGUAUGACUGGAUGCACUGUUAUUUGGUGAAUGGACUUCUUCAGCUGGAGCUGGGACUCCUGAUGCCAUUGCUUUAUGCUGCUGGACACAGUGUCAAGGAAAUCCUGACCUUCUUCAGCUCCUUCGAGUGGCCUCAUGGACUGCGACCCCAUAAGCGAGAGGUUUUGAAAAUCUUCGAGAAGAAGACAGCACCGGGUGAUUUCAAAUGCUCAGCAUCGCAAGGCCUCAGCAUAUACCCACUCUUGAGGCUUUUCGUGCUUCUCCAUGCCAACUCGCUCACUGGAGCCGCUGUCAGAAUGGCUUGCGAUAGCUUUCUGAAGCUUUGCUUGGUGCUUGAUUCUCUGCUGGAGGGGAACAAGGGCAAGGCAAUCAGCCCACAGGAGCUGCGAUCCCGCAUUGUGGCUCACUCGCAAGCAUUUUUGAAAGUUCACAGCGAAGAUUCAGUGAUUCCGACAUUUCAUUAUUCACUGCAUUUGCCAGGCAUGCUUCAUCAGCAUCAGAGGCUCGUCUCAUGCUUUUGCCAUGAACGGAAACAUAAACAAAUCAAGGCGAUCGCAAACAACCUCCACAAAGUCACGAAGACAUUUGAGUUCACUGUGAUGGAGGAUGUCUUGGGUCGUUCUUUCCUGAGCUUGCAGGAAUAUGAGUUCUGGACAAAGCCUUCCGUCACAAAAGCGAAGCCAGCCUCGGAAGAGCUUGUCGCAGAACUGGUUGCUUCUUUCGGUUUACCACAAGCCAUGGGAUCCUUAGCAGGCCUUGUGGCUGACUUCCAGCCUGGGCAGACGUGCGAGCAAGGUGACACAGUUGUCCUUGGGGAGGUUGUCGCCGAAGUGUGGCUGCAUGUGCAGCUGGCGAACGGUGAGGUGCACUCGCUGGUAUCUGUGUGGGAGCCUCUCGGCCAAAAUCGUUUCAAUGUUCGGGAGCAGCCGACCUGGAUCGCUACAAACACGAUCGACAAGGCUGUGCUGCACCGAAGGUGCAAUGGAGAGGCACUCAUUGUGCCAUGA